UUAUUUGAACGCAAACUUAAUUAUUAUAAUAAUUUUUUGAUUCUAUUCUUGAAAUAGUUUAGCGAAUAGUCACUUUUGCUUAUGUAGACUAUUGUAAGCAUUAAUUUGGCUUUUUUCUUUAAAAUCAUACAAGCAACACUGUCAUAAACAUCGUGCUGGUCGCUUAAUUCACCCAUGUGAUAAUGCAAGUGUUGAUUGAUUUCAUCUACAGUGGUUUGUAAAGAGAGGUGAUCUGAGAUGUCUUAUGGCUCCCAAGGUUUUAUCCCAAUAUAUCCUGUCGAGAUAUAUAUGUUUCACCUCUUGGUCAUGACAAUGAAGAAUGUGGGGACAAAGAGGCAAUGUGUAAACAUCUCAAUUAUGCUCUUCAGUAUUUCUCAAAUAGUAUUAACGUAUAUCUACUGGAUGGAGGGGAUAAUAAGCCCUACUCGUAUUCCUUUGAAAAGUCGAUCCCAAUUAAUAAUUCGACAACAAUAGAAGCGAUGCCAAACAGGAGGUUUUAUCCAAGGAUUUGGCAAAAAGAUAAUCCUUGGGUAUACAUUUUUGAAGUGAGGUCAACUUGUGAAAAAUUAAAACUGCGUCGAAUAAAUUUUACGGAUAGUUUCAUCGCCCUGAUAAAUCAAGGAGAGCUGAUAAUCGAUGAAUGCGACGUCUCUUUUAGUUUAUAUGCACCGAGAUCAAGUUUGAUUUACUUGUGGCAAGAUAUCAGGGCAGCUGUAUUACUGGUACAAAUAACUAACAGUAAGUUUGAUCAGUCAUAUUAUAUACUGGAUGUAUCCACAUUCUUUCAGCAUAACAUCACAGUACACAUAACAAAUUCAACUUUAAUAUCCAGCCGAAUCUCAUUUGAGUUAGCUAAAGAUGAAGGUUGCAAUAGCAACGUUAAUAUUGUAACAAAUAACACUACUAUAGCUGAACCAAAGGCUUUUCAUUCUUUGUGCAUAUCAGAUGGACGACAUGGCAAUCUUCUUCGUUUGGUCAAAAAAGAAUGUCCUUAUAAUGGAACUGGUAAGAGUGUCAUCCAGAUACUUAACACAACCUUUACUGACACCACAAACAUUCCAAUUUAUGUGCAUGGAAAUGUUAGCGUGCAUAUAAAUAAUUCAUGUUUUCGAAAUUAUAAAUGUGGAGGAAUUUUUUUAGAAAAUGAUCAAACCUUUAUUAGUUAUUCGGAUUUUAUCGUAAAUUCAAGGUCAAAUUAUCCUCCCUCUUUUGGAGCAAUAAUGUGUGAAUCGUGUGAAGCCUUAUUGGUGUCAAACACAAAUAUUAGGACUAUUGCAGAAGGUAAAAGCAGUGGUCUUAACAUUGCAGGUGAAGAUAGAGAAGUUGACAUUACGUUGCAAAAUGUGUCAGUAAAGGGUCCUGGUACAUUAGUGUACUCAACCAACAUGAAGUCUAACUUCUUUUUCGACAAUGUGAAUGUCUCUUCUAUAUCUUUGAAUGACGCACAAGUAUUAAUUAUGGCAUACAACAACCUUUCUAUCAAUCAGUUUCGACUGAACUGUUUUAUCAACCAUAAACUAGUCUACGAUAAAAGAGUAAAAUACUAUUCGUUUUGGAACUGUAACGCGUGCCCGAGAGAUACAUAUAGCACGGACAGUGGUUACGAAAUUAUUAAAAAGGAUAAGCCAUAUCAAAAUAAAAUAACCUGUUUGAAAUGCCCAUUAGGCGUGGAAUGUAAUUACGGCGUAAACGCCAGGCCUAACUUCUGGUGUUAUAAGAAAAACGGCAAAAUAAUAUGCAUCCCUUGCUUGCCGGGAUAUUGCUGCUCUAAAUCGAAUGGUUCGACUUGUCCAUCAUUCAAUUCUUGUAAUGCGAAUCGAAAAGGUGACAUAUGCGGUAGCUGUAUUGAAAAUUAUCAUUUAAAUUUUUUCUCUAAUGAUUGCUUUCCUGUAGAAUCAUGCAAGACAUAUUGGAUCUUUUGGUCCGGAUUUUUUAUUGCAGCACUUUGUUAUAUUGCAUUUGUUGCAUACCUGAAAGAUAUUGUCAGUAAGGUGAAAUAUCUCUUUAACAAAUGUUGCUGUUGUUGCGGUGAAAAUGAGCCCGAGAAUAUAGUAAAAAAUUGUGAAGAUGAUGAUGAUAACAGUGCAGGAAGAUUUUAUGGUGUUUUUAAAAUUUCUGUAUCGUUCUACCAAGUAGGGGCACUGCUGCGGGUGAAAUGCAUCCACCGAACCGAUGUACUCAUUGUCCAUACUUACUUGCUCUCCUUGUUUAAUUUAAAGAUUGAACAAUUCAUCGAAUAUUUUCACCGCUUUUGUCCAUAUUCAGGGCUUGAUACCGUAGGUAAAAUGUUCAUUCGUAACGUGUGGUUUCCUUCACUGAUGUUAAUAGUACUAGGAAUAUUGUUGGCAAGUUUAACAAAACGAUCCAGAAAGAAGAGGCAGCAAGUACAGGAAUAUGAACAGAUACCCGAGACUCCGAUUAAACGCAUCGAUAGCAAAAUUCCGAAACUAGAAAAAAUACCAUUUCAACUUAGAGUAAAAUACUGUGUUUUGCAAGUGCUGCUUCUUUCGUACACCAACAUUGCAGCGUUUUCAAUGAAUAUGUGGAACUGUAAAUCUGUUGAGGAGGGAAAAAGUGUUCUGUAUGUCCAAGGAACCACGCCAUGCCGUACAACCGCUCAGUACAUUGUCCUUAUUUUUUUUAUUCUAUGGGUGCUACCAUUUGGUUUAGCAAUAUAUGGUGCAGUUUUAUUAUUUAAAGAGUGUUAUAUCACCUUAAAUGAAUUUAUAUGUUGCUUCUUAUUUCCACCUUCAGUAUUGUAUUUUGGUAUGCGAAGGUUGAUCAAAAAGCAUAAGGUUCAGAUAACUAAAAACGAUGCAAGGUUGUCAAAAUAUAUCAUAACAGCGUUCGAAGCACCAUUUCGUAAGGUUGAAAAAAAGGGAAGACACGUCAUAUGGGAUCCAAUGAUCAUUUAUCAAAGAUUUAUAAUUAUUGCUAUCACGAUCUUCUCUGUUAAUGCCAUAGAGCGUUUAAGUUAUAUCCUAGGGCCAAUGCUGGUCUUUUUAGUCGAUCAUUUAAGACAGAGACCGUACAAAGAUGUGGUAUUACACUGGAUGCAAUCAAUUGCCUUUGUUUGUUUGUGCUUUCUCGUCGGAGUUAACAGUUUUUGGGCAUUUCUCUAUAUAUCAUCAGUGCCAUAUGAAUCAUCGAUAAGAAAUGUUGGUAAUGUCUUCAGUUACGUGGAGAGUCUUGUUUUUAUGUUGCCAUUAUUUGCAAUAAUGGUUUACUUGAUCUUGGAAGCAAUUCAAACAAUAAGUAAGAAAAUAAAAGAAAGAGUAAAAAAUGUUAUUUAUAAAAUGUGCAGAGAAAUCAAUCGUUUUUGAGAGAAAAAUUAACUACAGCAGUAUAACUGAAACAGUUUUUUAGUACUGAAAAUAGGACGAAUUAUCUAAAAUAGAAAGGGACAGGGUCAAUUUAAAAACAUUCCCUCUUGUUUUCUAGUAACGUUUUUUAUAUUUUUAUAUUUAAUUUUUAAAUUGAAACUUAUUAUUAAAUCUGUUAACCACAAUUUUAGAUUUUUUUUAGUCGAUAAUACCGCUGAUAUAACAUUGCUUAGUUAGCAUUAUAGCUAAAUUUUUUUUUGCAAAAACACUUAGCUGGAUAACUGAAAUUUGUUUCUAAAAUAACUUCCCCAGUUGCACCUGUUUCUUGAUGUUUGCCAGUUUCAUCCAGAAAAUGAGAUUUCGUCUGAAAGAUUGUGUCUGUAUACCUUAUCUCCUGA